UCCGUGACAGCUCACAAAACUUGCUGCAGCACAUACUUCAAGUGCUGUAGAAGGAAAGCUGCAUCUGGGUGACAAAUUUCUCAUCCAUUCUCUAGGUGUGGUUGAAAAUUGUGUUGCUUUUGCCAGAGAGUAUUCUGAAUUUGCCCUGCAAAAUCCAAUCGCUGCCGUUUGGAGAUUAGUUGCAGUGCUAGUGCAGUGGAACGUAUCAAUCAGAAUCGUCUAGCAAUAGAGGAAAAAUGUCCGGAAGAUUACCAGCUUGUGUGAUUGAUGUGGGAACAGGCUAUACGAAGCUUGGUUUCGCUGCGAACAAGGAGCCCCAAUUCAUUAUUCCGUCGGCAAUUGCCAUCAAAGAGACGGCCAAAGUCGGAGACCAAAGUGCCCGCCGUGUAACGAAAGGUGUGGAGGAUUUGGACUUCUUCAUCGGAGACGAGGCUUUCGAUGCGACGGGAUACUCGGUUAAGUAUCCCGUUCGCCAUGGUUUGGUCGAGGAUUGGGACUUGAUGGAGCGCUUUCUGGAACAGUGCAUCUUUAAAUAUCUCCGGGCAGAACCGGAAGACCAUCACUUUCUGCUGACGGAACCACCGCUAAAUACGCCAGAAAACAGGGAAUAUACAGCGGAGAUAAUGUUCGAAACGUUCAACGUCCCGGGGUUGUACAUUGCGGUUCAAGCUGUGCUAGCCCUGGCCGCCAGUUGGGCAUCACGUCCCGUUGAGGAGCGAACACUGACUGGAAUUGUUGUGGAUAGUGGCGAUGGUGUUACCCACGUUAUACCGGUGGCCGAAGGUUACGUCAUUGGGUCUUGUAUAAAACACAUUCCAAUCGCUGGUCGGAACAUCACCUCGUUUAUCCAGAGUUUGCUACGCGAGCGGGAAGUAGGAAUCCCGCCCGAACAGAGCCUCGAAACGGCCAAAGCAAUCAAGGAGCGCUUCUCCUACAUUUGUCCGGACAUAGCGAAGGAAUUUGCCAAAUACGACUCCGAACCGACGAAGUGGAUGCGUCAUUACGAAGGCAUCAAUGCCAUUACGAAGCAACCUUUUGGGGUCGAUGUUGGAUACGAGCGGUUUCUAGGGCCGGAGAUUUUCUUCCAUCCGGAGUUCUCCAAUCCGGACUUUACCACGCCACUGUCCGAGAUAGUCGAUACGGUCAUCCAGAACUGCCCGAUUGACGUGAGGAGACCGCUGUAUAACAAUAUUGUGCUCAGCGGGGGAUCGACUAUGUUCAGAGAUUUCGGUCGACGAUUGCAGCGGGAUAUCAAGCGCAGCGUAGACGCCAGACUGAGGAUUAGUGAGAAUUUGAGCGAAGGAAGAAUCAAGCCAAAACCAAUCGAUGUGUCGGUAAUUUCACAUCACAUGCAAAGAUAUGCCGUUUGGUUCGGUGGCAGCAUGCUGGCAUCUACGCCUGAGUUUUACCAAGUCUGUCACACGAAGGCUGCCUACGAGGAGUACGGUCCAGGAAUCUGCCGUCACAAUCCAGUAUUCGGCACCAUGACGUAGUUUUGCCGCGGGGUCUACCCUUUCGCUACUAUUAUUUCAAUUUAUCAAUAACUAACAUUUGCAAAUUUUCGAAAACGUUCGGAAACGACCAUCCAUUCCUUACAAAAACAUUUAAAUUUAUUUCGUGUAGUGACACCAAAAAAUUGUGACAUCCUUGUUUCAGUCUAUAUACGUUUAGUCAACAUUUUUACCAUGUUCACUCGUCGAAUGCUUGUUAUAUUUUUUUGAUCUAGCGAAUUUCCUGUUCGAUUCAAAUUUUUUGGCACAAACUUUCCAACUGUAUGCUAUGAAGGUUCACGCUUACAUCGCAAAGCAGUAGAGGGGUGUCAAUUUGAAGCAAUACCGAGAAUCAAAUUACAGUUGCAUUUAAAGGAAAAACAGUUGGAUCUAUGCCACUGCUAGGGAAAGCUAAUGUAUGCCGUUUCCAUUUGGAAUAGCGUUUAAAAGAAGGCUACACUUUAAUAAAACGAAAACAUUGUACAUGAUAAAACCAAAAGUAUUUUUUUGCGAGUAGUCUUUGAAAAUGUAAACCUGUUUCUUCUUUUUUUCUCACUCAAAGUUGUAAGAUAUAAGAAGGUUCACUGUAGAAAAGAACAAAAAAAAAGAAGAAUGGUUGCAUACUAAUACAAACUCGACUUCAUUGAGCAAGAAUAAUUUGAUGAAAAUGAAUUACACAUGUAAACAUAAACUAGAUAACAAAGUUAAGUAUUGAAAAAUGAAAA